AUGCCUCGAAACGUGCGGGCGCGGCAGGCAGACAGGCAGGAAGGAAGGACCGACGGAAGGAGUGCGGACGGAAGAAGAGGGGAGGAGCCGCAGCGGCGCGGCAGGGCCCAGCCGCUGGGCGGGUCGUGGAGGCUCCGCCCCUUGCCCCCGCCCCGGCCCCGCCCCCGGCGCGAGGAGGGCGGCCGAGACCUGCCUGUGAGCGCCAGAGCUCGGCCCUUGGCACCUCCCCCCACACCGCAGGAAAUCUGCGGCGGCGGCGGCAGGUCCCGGCGGAGCGGAGGCCGGCUGGCCCCCGCGCUCCCUCAGCGGGACCGCGGAAGCGGAGCCGACGCUCGGCUGAGGCGCGGGAGCCGGGCUCUCCCGGUGAGUAACUUUGCCCUGCCCGGCGCGCUCGGCGCCCGCUCGCGGUCCGGCCGCGCCUCAGGUGCGGGCGGCGUGUGGGGUGUGGGGCGUCGUGGCGCCCGGGAGGCGGCGGAGGCGGGCGGCCGAGGCGUCCUUCGCGCUCUUCUGGCCCGGCCGGGCUGUGGGGACACGGGGUCCGCGGAGGAGAGCGCGGGGUUGCCGGGCGCCGGCGGGGGCGGGCGGCCUCGGUUCUGA